AUGAAGCAGCCCCCUCCUUACGGCCAACGUGAUGGAUUCAUCCCGCGAAAUGAGGAGGACUUUGCUGAUGGAGGCGCCUUCCCCGAGAUCCACCUAGCGCAGUACCCGCUUAGCAUGGGUAGGAAGAACGCGACGGGCGCCUCGAAUGCGCUUUCCAUUCAAUUGGACUCGACUGGAAAGGUCAAAUACGAGACCAUCCUCGGACAUGGCAAGGAUAAAAUCGUUCACUCGACCGCGCUCGCGCUCACCGACAAGGUUGUCGAUGAGGAAGAGCUGGUUCGGCCUUCGGAAGAGGAGGAGGCCGAGGCGACCGCGCGCACUAGGGCCGCCCUCGAGAAGAUCGUGAACUCGAAGAUCGUGGCCGCACGUCCCGCGCAACCUGGAGAAAAGCAGGGCGAUCCCACCUACAUCCGAUACACGCCGGCUGGUGGUCAAUCUGCCGCUGCUGCAGGCCACAAUUCCGGGGCGAAGCAGAGGAUCAUCAGGCUGGUGGAGAUGCCGAAGGAUCCCAUGGAGCCGCCCAAGUUCAAGCACAAGAAGACGCCCGCUGGUCCGCCUUCGCCCCCUGCCCCCGUCGUCCACUCGCCGCCGAGGAAGGUCACCGUCGCCGAUCAGCAGGCGUGGAAGAUCCCCCCUUGCAUCUCGAACUGGAAGAACGCCAAGGGCUACACCAUCCCCCUCGACAAGCGUCUGGCCGCCGACGGCCGCGCGCUCCAGGAGGUCCAGAUCAAUGACAGCUUUGCCAAGCUUUCCGAGGCGCUCUACAUCGCCGAGCGCAGGGCGAGGGAGGAGGUGGCGCGCCGCGCAGCCAUCGCACGACAGAUCAUGGUCAACGAGAAGACCGAGCAGGAGGAAACGCUGCGUCGUCUCGCCGAGGAGGCCAGGAAGGGCAAGGCCACCGAGAUGGAGAUGGAGGAGGAGGACCUCGAAGAGGAAGAUGUGGAGGCCAAGAAGGAGCGCGACGAGCUGCGCUACGAGCGCAAGCGCGAGCGUGACAGGAAGCGCCACCUGGACAAUUACCAGGGCAAGAAGAAGCUCAAGACCGACGACGAUCGCGACGUGUCCGAGAAGGUGGCGCUGGGCGAGGCUCCCACCGCCAGCGCCGACACCAUGUUCGACGCGCGUCUGUUCAACCAGUCCCAGGGCAUGGACUCAGGCUUUGCCGACGAAGAGGCCUACAACGUCUACGACAAGCCCCUCUUCCAGGGCAGCAGCGCCAACUUCCUCUACCGCCCCAAGAAGGACAACGACUCGGAGGUCUACGGCGGCGACGACGACGAGGAGGGCGGCGACGACAAGCAGGGCACCGACAAGUUCAAGCCCAACCGCGACUUCUCGGGCGUGGACCGGAGCCGCCGGGCCGAGCCGCGACGCGCCCCCGUCGAGUUCGAGAAGGAGGAGGAUCCCUUCGGUCUCGACGAGUUCCUCACCGAGGCCAAGGAGACCCAGAAGAAGAAGCCGCUCGACCACAUCGGCUCCUCCAACACCAUGCACGCCGCCGGCGGCGGCACCAGGGACACCAUGUCCGACCGGAGCAAGAUCCAGUUCGAGAGCUCCGGCGCCGCACCAGAGACCAUCGCCAGACCCCCUUCUUCAUCCUCCUCCUCUUCUUCCUCCUCCGAUCGCGACCGCCACCACCGCGAGAGGAGCCGAGACAGUGAGAGGGACCGGGACCACGGCGACCGGAGGGACCGCGACCAUGACCGCGACCGCGACAGGGACCGAGACAGGGACCACCACAGGAGCGGCGGUCGGGACGAGAGAAGGGGCUCUGACAGAGACAGGGACAGGGACAGGGAUGAGAGGAGGAGCGACAGGGACAGGGACUACGACAGGAGGAGGCGCUGA